AUGAAGACCAUUCCCAGUCUUGUCGCUUCAAGUACCGUUGGUGUUGCAGCUGCUGGCCUGGCAUUGGGACGACCAGACCAUUCGACUCCCUCUCGCACUUCUUCUUCCAAGAAAAGGAAACCAAGAGACAUUAUUACAGAUGUGGAAAAUUCUUCUAAUUUAGGAACACCCUCUACCAUCUCACGACCUCCUACGAGUUCUACCAUGGCCACUCCAGAAAGUCGCAAUACUCUUGAUGCGACGGGUUCUUCAUCUGCCCCCCAGACCUUAACAGCAUUCCUUCGACGUCCCUCAAAUGCAAGACUCGAUUCCCCAACAACAUCGCAAAACGGCGCUUCGCGAAGAUGGUCACUCCUUAGAUCUGGUGAUGGGUAUAACGAUAAUUCCGGGGAGGAAGUUGUUAGGGAUUCUGUUUCAUCUCGUGGUUCCUGGAUGCGGAAACUAUCAAUACCAUUAUCGGGAAAUAGCAGUCCUAGAUCAAGUAUGGCACCCGAAUCGCCUUCUCUUACAUUCUCCCUUGGUUCCGCGACACCCAUACUGUCAUCCCCUCGGGACAGCCCGACACAAUUACCCCCAAACAAACUGGUAAAGAGGCAAACACCGGAGAGAAAUCGUAGUGGGACAGUUUCGAGUGGAUCAAAAUCGCAGGUACCAACCUUACGGAGACCAGCUACCAGUCAUCAACGUUCGGUAACGCUGCAGCAGCGAUUCAUUGAAGAUUCUCCAGGUACGAAAACACAAGUGCGUCCCACCGCCCCAAGGCGGUCAACAGUAUCCACACAAGCUACACCAUUGAGGAAAUUUAGUGAAUCACCUCGCAGCUCAUGGCGUAUGUAUUUUAACCCCCGACCAACCAAAGUAGCUAAAGAACGAUCCGGCGGAAAAUCAACGGAUGAGAAUGCGCAUAACUUUCAUUGGAUCUCAAAACGGGUUAUGCCAGAUCAUACAGUCAGACCGACUUUGGUAAAACCAUAUCUAAUAACCGUUUCAAUUCAAGAAAUGGAAGGAUAUUACGACGAAGAAGGAGUUCCUUGUGAUGGCCCAAUUGACGAAAGUACAGUGGAAGAAUCCCCAAGCUCACCUUUGGAAGAAGAUAACCCCGAAGAUCACAAGCCUCCCAGACGAUCACUCUCCAUGCACUUCAGCUCACCUACCACAUGGAUAUCUAGGACAGGAAGCUUGAGAAAUAAAAAACGAAGUUCGCAAUCCACACAGGGUGGCAGGCGCCAUGUGUCUGCACCUCUACCGUCGAAUACAGGAAGGGUUUCUAUUUCUGCAAAUGGUGCUACUCCACAUCGCCCUCGGCCAGUUAUGGAUCAAAUGAUUUUUCAGAGAGAUCCUCGCUCUCCAAUUGAAGACUUCUCUCCCGUGUCACCAACGGAUCCUUUUGCACCUUUCAAUUAUGCUCCUCGAAGGAAUACAUCGUCGCCAUUACCACCUCUCAACCGACUAUCAUCGUUUAACCUAGAUCUAGCUCGUUUGGGCAUGUCGUCAUCCUCAUCGUCAGCCCCACUACGAAGUCCUAGUUCACCCCUACCAAUGUCUAGUACUGCUGCAACUUCUUUCUCUUCUACAGUUCCUUUCUCAACAAAUUCUUCAUCGUCAUAUUAUGGCACCUUGAGUUCGAAACAUGGCAUGUCAGAAGUGGGAGAUAGAGCUUCGACUUUGAUUGGUUCAGACAAUGAGAUGAGAGGAUUUGCAUCAGGUGAAGAUGAAGAUAUGGAUUUUCAAAGUGAGACAGUGUAUGACUCACUUCGGUCCGGAGCCACAAGCAGUUUGCGAUCCCAAAAUACGCCCCUGGACUCAAUGUUCGACGAGUCUCCUCCAAACGUCGCAAAUGUCAACGGACAUGCGAAAGCCAAAAGACAUUCAAUUCACGAGCUCAUGGCUAAUGGAGCCUUUGGCGAAAUUGAACAUCGUAUUAUCGAAGAAGAUGAAGGUCAAGCAACACCAGUGAAGAUCACAAAAGUUCCUUCCGAGCUGGUUAUCAAUAAGUCGGCACAUCAUAUAAAUGCACAUGACAUUGUCCCCUGCUCGCCCCCAAGUUCUUGUAUCGCUUCGAAAGAUUUCGCCACACUUUCCUUGGAUAAUGAUGACGAAGAUGAAGAUUGGACUCGAGAUGAAGAGAACGACAAUAUGGAAGCCGGAAAUCAGCUCUCACCUCCAAAUGGUAUGACUGGUCGUCGGGUCAGUCCAAUAACCCGAGAAGCCCUGGCAGAUGUUACCCACAGUGGUUCCACAAACGGUAAUCAUUAUGCUGAACGACCCAAGAGCAAUUUGUUUGAUUGGUCUGAACCAUCUUCAUCGGAGAAAGAUCUGCUUGGCAGUUCCGCUCGACCUAGGACAGCACAUGUGAAACACCUUGCUCUCAAUGGACGAGGUGGGCGAACUGUUGGACGAAAAGGCCCCACCCCACUGCAUAUCAGGAGUCAAAGUGUUCCUGUAGUUCCCGAUCUCAAUAAUCAGCGCGAGCACACAAAAUUGACACCAAAAUUUGGUACCUGGGGUCUAGGCGCGAAAGGGGUAAGCGAAGACUGGGAUAAUGAUUUCGACUUCGAAACCAACGAUGAGGGUGGCUUUGAGGAUGGCGAUGCGCACAUUGAAAACAGUGUGAUGUUCGUUCCUCCAGCAAUUCAAGCAAGCCAAGCAAAUGUCGUCGGCCAUGUUGGGCAGAUUCGAGAAGUGUGCCUACUCGUCGAAGAUCUCAAGAGGUUGCGUCUUUUGGCUCGAGAGAAAGGCUUGAUAAAUGGACCGUCAGCACAAUUGUGGAAGGAAGCCGAAGGCAUUAUUGCUCUAGCUGUUCCUGAUGAGGAGGAUCCAACUUUAUCACCUCCUCAUUCUCCGAUGUCUAUUCCCGUCGAUCAGGGCUUGAGCGAUAAGUUUAUUGAUCGUGGCCCUGAUGCAGAGGAUGUCGCUAUGCCAGAUGUGCCAAUGGAGGUCUUGAACCGUUUUGGCAAACCUUCGGGGUAUGUCUACGAUGGCAGUACUGUUCGACGACGUUCGGUGUUUUCGCCUGAAGAUGACAUCUUUGGAGUCGGAGCUGUCGUACAUAACCCUCCCAUCAGAGAUAGCCUGCGUCCUCCAUUGAAUCCUGCUCGUUCCUCGAGUGCGAAGACCGCAGCUGAAGUUGCUCGAACAGUCAUGGAAACCAUGCAUCAACACCGCUCUACUUCGGAUCCUUGGCUAUCAGAUAUGGUUGAGCAAUCUUCAAACAAAAUGCCAUUUGACACAACCAGUCUACGUGAUCUAGUCCAUCGUGCCUCUGUUUUGAGUCGAAAACUGGCCGAUAUCAUUCGUGAAACCGAUGGUACCAUUCAAAGUCCAGUGUGUACACCCCACCGCGAAUCAAGUCCGGCCUUCACUCGAGUAUUCACCGAUCCAAUGUCAUCUCCUCCUCCAAAACACCUCCCCCGAAGUCAUAGCAACAACUCUAUGCUCAAUGGCUCAAUAAAUUCUUCACCAACAAGAAGUUUGGGUCAACGAAUGCAUAUGAUGACUGUUGUUUGA